AUGCUGUUGAAUAUUUCCUUGAGAGACGAUGGGCAGAAAAAGAAGCAAGUGGAAUUGGAGAAUCCAGAGACAAGAACGCUGGAAGAAAUGGAAGGUCUUCCGGAAGAAUAUUUGUCCGAAGACGGUCUCGAUUUCUGGAAAACUACGUCGCUCAAACAACGAUUCGAUCAGCCAGAGCAUCAACCGGAGUUGACGAAGGAUCUCUACCCUCGCCGGCUGACAAUGGGCGUCAAGAGAUCCCUCCGCUGCCGCAAAUGCGAUCACAAUUUGCUCAAGCCAGAGUUUUCCCCCAGCUCGAUCAAAUUUAAAAUGCACUUGAUAGCCACCAGCUUCAUUCCUGAAAUUCGAUUGUUCAAGCCGUCUGAAUUUUCUGCAGAUGGUUUAUCUGCACAAGUGUACUUGACCGUGACGAAUCCAACACACAGUCCGAUGAAUAUCAUUCUAUUGCCCUUCUGCGAUGAACUACCAGAAGAUGAAAGAACGAAGCGGAAUUUUCCAGUAAUAACCGGAAAGAUUAUGCUGCCGACGGAUAGCUACGAAAUUCCAGCAAAAGAUACUCUUUUGGACUAUUCUUGUCUUACGAAAACGACGGAAAAUCUACCGCAGUCGGAGGAUGGGAAAAUAGUACUUCCCCAGCCGAAUAAAGUCGCGUUUAAUUGUGUAGGGUUGCUGAAUUUUAUGAAAGAAGUACUUACUUAG